CAAGUAUCCACAUUUGUCUGCACUUUCAUGCGACUCUGUCUAAAACUAACUCUAAAUCAAGAAAACUUGGAAGAAGUAUGACUGCCACAGAGGAAAACAAAGAGGAAGUACAAGAGGAAGAAGUGGAGGUUGAGGUUUUGUUGCCGAAUACAAAUAUUGUGACACACUGCGUUCUCAAAGCAGCCGCGGCCAGGCUUGCCAAAUGUUUCGAUGACGACGAAGACCCGUUCAAGGAAAAUGUGGCGGAGUUAAUAACCGAGCGAGGUGACGAUGGAAAAUCUCCUCUGGACAUUGCUUCUACUUUGGGGCGCGUUGAAAUAAUCCGAGAAUUAUUGCACAGAGGAGCUGAUGUGAAUGACACAACUGAGAAAGGUUAUUGUGCUUUACACCAUGCUGCUGCUUGGGGUCAGGUGAGUGUCCUCAAAGUCUUGGUUGAAUUCAGUGCUGAUUUGCAGCAACGAAACUGCCACGGAGAAAGGGCACGAGAAACAGCUCUACGAUACAACAAGUCAGAGUGUGUGGAUUUUUUAGACUGGGCAGAGGCUCGAAAAGCAUUACUCGAUGCAAUUAAGGGCAUACAGGAGACCUUGGCAGACCCCGAGAAAAUCCAAGGGCGCUGGGUGAAAGAUGACAAGGUACUUGUUACAAACACUUGUAAGGAGAAGUCUGAUUGGAUAGAAAACACACCUGAAGCAACAACUUCUGAUUUCAUCACACAAAAGCUAGAAAUGGAGGAAAGAUUGGCUGCAACUUUAGCUAAGUUAACCGAGGAACGCCCCGUUUCAGCUAAGGUGAAAGGAGCGAAAAAAAGUAAAUAACCAACUCUUAAUUGACCAUGAACAAGCUUGUGUACUGUUAAUGGACCGUGGACAAACUGAUGUACUCCUAAUGGACUAUGGACAAACUGAUGUACUCUGCAUAGACCAUGGACAAACUGAUACUGAGGCACGAGCUACUGUUUGAGAAUGAAAUCGAGAGUUUGAGAGAAUAAUGUCCAGUUUUACAGAACCAUCGCAGGUUAUUGUAACGACGGUAG